AUGUCGAGCCUCAAGCGCGAACUCGCCAGCGACGCCGCUGCUGCACCACGACCCACCAAGCGCGCGUCUCCCUCAUCAGACUCUUCCUCAUCGGCCAACUCUUCCACCAUACCCGGCGGCGCUCUCCCCCCGCGCAUCGACGACGAAUACUUCAGCAACCAGAACUUCACCGACUCCGAUGAAGACAUGGCAGGCCCCGAUCAUCUCCCUUCGCCUUCAUCGCCGCAGCUUCCCGCCACCGACUCCUCCUCGGACGGAAUGAUGGACGGCAGGGAACUCUACGAGGACACUAUCGAGGACUCGCCACUCACCUCCUUCGAGAAGCACAUCAACACCAACCAGGACACACAGCAAGAUGAAGCGCCGGCCAGCUCCUCCCCAAUCGCCAAACUCGGAAAAGCACUCGCCGCCUCCAAAGGCCUCAAGCAAUCCGCAUCUCCUGAGAAGCAGAAGCAGAAGCAGAAGCAGGAGGAGAAGGAGAAAGAGAAGGAGAACGAAGUCGCCGACGAGGGAAUCCUCGUCCAGCCCGAGAUCACAGACGCCACCGACGAGCACCUCCUCCCCAAAUUACCCCCCGCCCAGCGCCAGCAAUUCUACGCACACCUCUACGCCGACCGUAUCAUCGACCUCCAGGACUUGGCCCAACCCCCCGAGUGCCGCCAAUACCCCCAGCUCGCCGCGGAGAUCGCCCAGGCCUACCUCACCCACGCCACCAUCACCAUGGCAAUCUGGACCAACUACGACCGCUACACGAAACGCUUCUUCCAAACCGCCUCCCGCGCGCAGGACUGCGGCAAGAUCUGCCUCAGCCCACCCCAGCGCGCGCGCGUCCAGCGCCUCCUGCAGCGCGCGGAGAUGCGCAAGAUCCGCCUGCACAUCGGCACGCCCUUCCGCACGCUCUGCGUCUUGAAUCUCACCUGCUCCUCCCCUCCUGACGAGCAGCAGCAGCGCUCCUAUCCGUUGGGCGUGACUGGAUACCUCGUAGAAGACUCCCUGUACGGCUCGCACAACCUCCUCGAAGCCUUCGCGCAGCGCAACGUCGACAACAUCCUGACCGACGGGCUGGCGGCGGGGGAGGAGGAUGAUGGCAACAAACGCGGUCUCACCCUCGCCGACGUCGAUGAGAUUGCCAAGGAUUUCGUCUGUAGGCCGCGAAAUUACGGCGAGCAGCAGCAGUGGUUCUUCCACUGA